CCGGCACAGUGUUUAGAAUGGAACCUGGAUGUGGGGACAUGAUCGGAGGUCGCCAGGGCAUUUCUGCCCAAAGCUUUUAUGUUUUGAACGGUUCAAUGACGAAAUUCCCAUGAGCACAUUUCCAUUGGAUGUCGACGUGCUGUUUUGAGUCUCUUAGGACAUGGAUUUAAUGUAAAUAUACAUCUGAAAAGGUGACCUGCAAUAUUAUUCCGGUUGAUUGUGAAUGAGAAACUGGUUACGCCCUGGACUAGUCGCCAUUUUAGCACAGGCUUUGUAGGGUGCCAGGAGCUUUUCCCAGUUGACUUCAAGCAAAAAAGUGGACUACGCCCUGAACUGGUUGCCAGUCACUUGCAGGGCACACAUGGAUAACCACUCACAGUCAGACCAUCGCUGAGUGGGACCUGAACCCACAUUGCCUGCACCCAGACAUGAGCCAUUCCGAUGAAGAUUCAGCUCCUGGUGGCACCGUGCAGAAAAGGAACAUCCAAAUCAUUGAGUGGGAGGACCUGGACAAAAAGAAGUUCUAUUCUUUUGGAGUGUUCAUCACCUUAAGCAUCAGAGCCACAGUCUACCCGGCCACUCUCAUCCGGACUCGGCUUCAAGUGCAACGGGGCAAAUCGCUUUAUGGCGGCACCUUCGACGCCUUUGUUAAGAUCCUGCGGGCUGAAGGCAUUCGGGGCCUCUAUCGCGGCUUUAUGGUGAACACCUUCACUCUCAUCUCUGGCCAGGCGUACAUUACCACCUAUGAGCUUGUGAGGAAGUAUGUCUCCAAGUAUUGCGAGGAUAACACAGUCAAGUCGGUGGUGGCGGGUGGCUUGGCUUCCAUGGUGGCUCAGAGCAUAACUGUCCCCAUAGAUGUGGUGUCUCAGCAGCUGAUGAUGCAGGGCCAAGGGGAGCGGCUCAGUCGCUUUCGCCUCAGUGGGGACUUGCAGACCGGCAAGCCCAAGCGAGUCUUGGGACAAACCAGGAGCAUAGUGGCCCAAAUAUUUGCUGCUGAUGGUUUACCGGGUUUCUACAGAGGAGCGGUUGCUUCUUUACUCACCUACAUCCCAAACAGUGCUGUCUGGUGGCCUUUUUAUCACUUUUAUGCAGAGCAGCUGUCAAAUCUGGCCCCCUCUGACUGCCCUCAUCUUGUUCUACAGGCCAUGGCUGGUCCGCUUGCUGCGGCCACAGCCUCCACCGUCACCAACCCAAUGGAUGUCAUUAGAGCCAGAGUGCAGGUUGAAGGUCGCAGUUCAAUCACGGAGACCUUCAGGCAGUUGAUCAAGGAGGAGGGCUUUUGGGGAAUGACCAAAGGGUUGUCAGCACGCAUCAUUUCAUCCACCCCCACUGCCAUUGUUAUGGUGGUCGGCUACGAGAGCCUAAAAAAAUUUAGUUUGCGACCGGAGCUGGUGGACUCCAGACAUUGGUAGAAACCACGUGAAUGACUUCAGCACCGAGCCACAUUUGGAUCUAACCGUGGUGUGCAAUGACUGUCGCACCCACUAUUUUUUUUUUUUUUUUUAAUGGGACACACUCGGAUGCGAAUGAAGAGUACACAAGAUGAAGACAGGACACAAGAACUAGAAUACCUCGCAUUAUUCUAACAGAAAAAAAUGUUUCAGACAGAUUUUAUUUUCUGAUUCUGACUGUGUCUUUGCAGUUGUUCAGAAAGUCACUGUUCUAUCUUGUGUUUGUUAAGCCAACGUAGAGUGGGCCCACAUCUGAAACUGAUUUUCCUCAGCUUAUACGAGUUGUGGGUGUUGGUCUUUUGUUUUUUUUGCCUUUUCCCAGGAAAUCAUGACACAAGAUCUAUUAGUUUAUUUUUUUUCUGUGACCAAGUCAUUUAGUUGUGUGUGUUCCUAACAAUAAAUGACAAAACUGCAAAUUCCAUGUAACUCUGCUCACAGUAUAUGUCAUUUAUAUUUUAUCAUUGCUUUUUAGAUACAAAAGAAAUGGUGCAUUAUUGUUUAUGUCUUAAAAGAACGUAUGAUGGAUAAUUUUUGUUUUAGUGUUUAUUUCUUGAAAAUGAGCAGUUAACUGGAGUCAUUUAAAUUUGUUUGACUCGGCGUACAUGUUUUUUUGGGAUGGGGGCAAUUUUAAACUAGUGUAUAUAUACGUGGAGUCAUUGCACUGUGUCACUAUGUCAGUUGAGCUUUAGUAGGAUUUCAAGAAUUAAAAUUACCUUAUAUUAUAAAGCAAUGUUAAUAACUGAAGAAUGCAUGUUGAAAAUACAGUCCCCGCUAAGCACUGGAACAGCAAGUUCAAUUUUUUUUUUUUUUGAUACUUAAGAUAUUUGGGUGUCGGAUAAAAAGAUGACUAUCAGAAGUUCAGAAUUCCAGCUUUUAUUUCAUGGUAUUUACAUCUUAAUGUGUUCAACAACUUGGGGCGCAGCAACUUUUGUUUGAAGCCACCCACUUUUCAAGUCUGUAAAAGUAUUGGAAGAGACAUUAUUAAAUUAACUUAAUGUAAGUAACAUCUACCAGUGAUAAAUGUGGCAUAAACCUUACUUUUAAUAACUCCAUCAAGCCUGGGAUCCAUUGACUUCACCAGACUGUUUAGUUUUCAUUUGAAAUGCUUUUCCAGACUUUUACUGAAGCCUGUUUCUGGAGGUUUCUCCCUUUAGUCUCUGUUUUAAGGAGAUAAAAUGCAUGCUCUAUUGGGUUAAGGUCCAGUGAUUGACUUUGCCAGCCUAAGAGCUUUCACUUUUUCCCCCUGAUAAAGUCCUUUAUCUUUUGUUUUGGGUCAUUGUCUUGGUGCAUGAUGAAGUGUCUCCCGAUUAAUUUGGAUGCAUUUUUUUUCUGUAAAUUGCCAGGCAAAAUGGUCUUGUAGGCUUAAGAAUUCAUUCUGCAUCAUCAGUAACGACUAGAGUUACAGAAGCCCAAGUCAUGAAAUUACCGCCACCAGAUGAGGAUGUGAUUUUUAGCUCAGAAGCAGAUUCUUUUUCUUUCUUUCUUCAUACUUGGGUCUUUCCAUUACUUUGGUAGAGGUUAAUCUUGUUCUCAUCAGUCCAUAAAACUUUGUUCCAAAAUGUUUGUGGCUCAUCUCUGCAAAAUCCAAUAGUUGUUGUUGUUUUUGAUGAGUGCUUUGUGUCUCGUGAUAUGGCCUGUAUAUUUCUUUGUUUGCAUUAAGUAUGUGUAAGUAUUUUUCAAAAGGUCGUUUGUGAUAGCUUUACUCCUCCUCAGUGGAGGUUAGCAGUGAUGUCACCCAACUGUUGUCUUUUGGCUGUUUCUGUCAUCAACUGCUCAUGAGGCCUUUGGCGACCAACAACUUUUCAACAACUACACUUUGCAGUUUUUCUUUUGCAGGAGAUUCCUUUUUGUUGUAUUGGUUGUGCCCAAUGAUUGUACAAUACCGCUGAUCGAUUUUCCCUCUGCUCCUCAGUUUCGAAAUGGUUUGCGUAACAGCAAAUGCAUUUUUCACAGGUGAAACCCAAAGCCCAAAAUAAGAACUAAUACAUAUUUAAGGAACAAAUCUAAAUAACAACACCUAAGAGCAAUUACAAACAUCCUUCACUCAUGUUCCAAUACUUUUGCUCACUUGAAAAGUGGGUGGCUCCAAACAAAAGGUGCACAACCUUGUUAACACCUCUAAAUUUAAACACUAUGAAAUAAAAGAGGGAAUUCCAAACUUUUGUCUCACAUUCAUCUUUUGAUCUGGAAUCCAAAUGUCUUCAGGAUAUAACACACACCAAGGACUUGACUUUGCUAUUCCAAUACCUUUGAAGAGGACUACAAAUCAUAGCUGCUUUUAAUUUAUGUAAAAAAAGCUGUUUUUGUUUCUUUUGUUACCUUGCAAAAUUCUUUUGAGAACAAGCAGUGUGAUGUCGUCGCUGAUAUUUCCUUUGUACAGAUUCUCUGCACGUUCACACUUCCAUAACAUUUCACUUUUGUCUGUACUAUGAAACACAUAAAAGAUCUGGUCAUCCCUAUUUUAUCAUUACAUUAUUUUGCUUUUGUGUGUCUACACAUUACUUGCUGAAUGGAUCAAUGGCAGCAUUUGCUUUUUAUUGUUACUGAAUCUAAAAUAAAUAGACAAUAUUGUUGACCAUUU